AUGGAGUCAAGUCCACCACUACAUGAUAGUACUCCAAUAUUGGAAAGCCCUCCACUACAUGAUAGUACUCCAAUAUUGGAAAGCCCUCCACUACAUGAUAGUACUCCAAUAUUGGAAAACCCUCCACUACAUGAUAGUACUCCAAUAUUGGAAAGCCCUCCACUACAUGAUAGUACUCCAAUAUUGGAAAGCCCUCCACUAUGUGAUAGUACUCCAAUAUUGGAAAGCCCUCCACUACAUGAUAGUACUCCAAUAUUGGAAAGCCCUUCACAUAAUAGUACUCCAAUAUUGGAAAGCCCUUCACAUAAUAGUACUCCAAUAUUGGAAAGCCCUCCACUACAUGAUAGUACUCCAAUAUUGGAAAGCCCUCCACUAUGUGAUAGUACUCCAAUAUUGGAAAGCCCUUCACAUAAUAGUACUCCAAUAUUGGAAAACCCUCCACUACAUGAUAGUACUCCAAUAUUGGAAAGCCCUUCACAUAAUAGUACUCCAAUAUUGGAAAACCCUCCACUACAUGAUAGUACUCCAAUAUUGGAAAGCCCUCCACUAUGUGAUAGUACUCCAAUAUUGGAAAGCCCUUCACAUAAUAGUACUCCAAUAUUGGAAAACCCUCCACUACAUGAUAGUACUCCAAUAUUGGAAAGCCCUUCACAUAAUAGUACUCCAAUAUCGGAAAACCCUCCACUACAUGAUAGUACUCCAAUAUUGGAAAGCCCUCCACUAUGUGAUAGUACUCCAAUAUUGGAAAGCCCUCCACUAUGUGAUAGUACUCCAAUAUUAGAAAUCCCUCCACUACAUGAUAGUACUCCAAUAUUGGAAAUCCCUCCACAUAAUAGUACUCCAAUAUUGGAAAGCCCUCCACUACAUGAUAGUACUCCAAUAUUGGAAAGCUCUUUACAUAAUAGUACUCCAAUAUUGGAAAGCCCUCCACUAUGUGAUAGUACUCCAAUAUUGGAAAGCCCUUCACAUAAUAGUACUCCAAUAUUGGAAAACCCUCCACUACAUGAUAGUACUCCAAUAUUGGAAAGCCCUUCACAUAAUAGUACUCCAAUAUUUGAAAACCCUCCACUACAUGAUAGUACUCCAAUAUUGGAAAGCCCUCCACUACAUGAUAGUACUCCAAUAUUGGAAAGCCCUUCACAUAAUAGUACUCCAAUAUUGGAAAGCCCUCCACUACAUGAUAGUACUCCAAUAUUGGAAAACCCUCCACUACAUGAUAGUACUCCAAUAUUGGAAAGCCCUCCACUACAUGAUAGUACUCCAAUAUUGGAAAGCCCUCCACUAUGUGAUAGUACUCCAAUAUUGGAAAGCCCUCCACUACAUGAUAGUACUCCAAUAUUGGAAAGCCCUUCACAUAAUAGUACUCCAAUAUUGGAAAGCCCUUCACAUAAUAGUACUCCAAUAUUGGAAAGCCCUCCACUACAUGAUAGUACUCCAAUAUUGGAAAGCCCUCCACUAUGUGAUAGUACUCCAAUAUUGGAAAGCCCUUCACAUAAUAGUACUCCAAUAUUGGAAAACCCUCCACUACAUGAUAGUACUCCAAUAUUGGAAAGCCCUUCACAUAAUAGUACUCCAAUAUUGGAAAACCCUCCACUACAUGAUAGUACUCCAAUAUUGGAAAGCCCUUCACAUAAUAGUACUCCAAUAUUGGAAAGCCCUUCACAUAAUAGUACUCCAAUAUUGGAAAACCCUCCACUACAUGAUAGUACUCCAAUAUUGGAAAGCCCUCCACUAUGUGAUAGUACUCCAAUAUUGGAAAGCCCUUCACAUAAUAGUACUCCAAUAUUGGAAAACCCUCCACUACAUGAUAGUACUCCAAUAUUGGAAAGCCCUUCACAUAAUAGUACUCCAAUAUUGGAAAGCCCUCCACUACAUGAUAGUACUCCAAUAUUGGAAAGCCCUUCACAUAAUAGUACUCCAAUAUUGGAAAGCCCUUCACAUAAUAGUACUCCAAUAUUGGAAAACCCUCCACUACAUGAUAGUACUCCAAUAUUGGAAAGCCCUCCACUAUGUGAUAGUACUCCAAUAUUGGAAAGCCCUUCACAUAAUAGUACUCCAAUAUUGGAAAACCCUCCACUACAUGAUAGUACUCCAAUAUUGGAAAGCCCUUCACAUAAUAGUACUCCAAUAUCGGAAAACCCUCCACUACAUGAUAGUACUCCAAUAUUGGAAAGCCCUCCACUAUGUGAUAGUACUCCAAUAUUAGAAAUCCCUCCACUACAUGAUAGUACUCCUGUUAUGGUACUUUUUCAGUAA